AUUAUGAGGGAAAGCAAGCACUAGCUUAGUAACAUCGCAAGCCGCUGAAAUGCGACAGUUUAUUGUGGCCCACGCUCUGUGCGCAUUAUUCUUGCAGCAAAUAGCACUAUGCCAGAUGCCUCAGCAGCCUGAGCUGCCGGCAGGCUGCGUUUGGCAGCAGUCAACUGAGGGCCUUGCGCUGGCCCUGGCGAAUUCAACUGGCAAUAACUGUAGCCUAGCUUACAGUGGCAGCCCAUCGACAGCCAUUUCGGGGACAAUGCGAGAACCUGCAUCAUGGCUCCCCCCUGAGUUUCAAGUUCCUGGCCUUACCCGGAUAAUGGGAGUAACUGUUGCUUACAGCUCCUGCGAGUGGCUCUGGCAGCUGGCGGUCGACGUGUGCACCUUCCGGUCGAGCUCGCUGUGGCCCUCGCCCGGGCUCCAGGCUGGCCCUGGCUUCGUUUACCUCCGCGCGCUCACUGGCAGCGUGUCGGCCGCGGAGCGCGUCAACCUGACCUGCCCCGCCGACCAAUGGGCCAGCCUCCGCCAGGCCGCCGCGGCCGCAGCUACCCCCCCGGCGGCCGGCCUGGACCCGUGCGCCGCCGAGGUCGUGACCUCCGGGCCGCAGCUGCUGGAGGCGCUGCAGCGGCUGCAGCACCGCUCCGCACGCGUGCUGCUCACACUGGAUGCAAACAUCUCACUGCCGGCGGAGCCGUCGCCGCAGCGCGGCCUCCUGCCUGUCAGUGGCAACGCCACUGCCGCCGCCAGCGCACACGAUGACAUGACGCCCCUGGCAUGGAUCUACCGGAAUGUGACCCUGGCGGGCGGCGGUGCGCGCGUGACGGCCGCCGGCGGCACCACCGGCACCGAGCUGGACCUGCGCCUGCGCCGCAACGUCUUCCGCCUCAGCCGCCGCAGCGACCUUGCCAAUAACAGCAGCCCCGACGCCAUUAACGCAACGGCCCUGGGCGCGGCUGCUGGUGUUGGCGGAGCCGGCAACAGCAGCGGUGUCCUGCUGCCGCCGGCGGUGCUCACGUUGUGCGACCUGACCACAGUGAACAUGCCACAGGGCGCUAUGGGCACCUGGCCUCUGGGCCUCAUGAGCGGCUGGUUCUAUUACGUCACCGCGGACGAGAGCUGGGCCGAUGGUGGCGUGCAGGUGCAGCUGCUGCGCCACGCGUCCGUGUACACCGCCGCCGAGCUGAGGUACACGGGGUUUUGGUUCUUGCGCGUGAGCGCGCUGACGGCGGAGGAGUCGGCGUCCGCGGCCUGGCUGCGCGCUGUCAUCUCGACGAACACGCAGAUCACGGACGCUGACGGGCGCCAGACGCGGUACGGCUCGCAAAACGACCCCGGCGGCGGCGUCACGGCCGGCGUGACCAGCGCCGACAACGGCCGGGAGCGCGUGGUGGGCUACAACAGCACCAGCACGGCGCGGGUGCUGCGCACGCAGCCCGCGCCCUUUGACUACGACGUGUUUGCGCUGCCGCCGGCAGGCAGCCGCAUGCCGCCGCCGCCCAGCGUGUCACUGGCCUUCAACGAGUCGCAGCUGCUGGCGCUGUUGCAGGAGACCUGGGCGCCCGAGCAGCCGGCGCUGGACGCGCCCGCCGGCGGCGGCGAGCGGGUCAUUGCGCUGAUGCGCAACAUGAGCCUGGGGCCCGCCAACUGGCCGCCGGCCGGCGCCGUGCUGACCUACAACGUGACCCUGCUGGGGCCCGCGCGAGGCGCCCCCGUGCUGCUACAGCUCGCCGGUGGCGUCAGCCUCGUUCGCGGCAGUAGCAGCAGCAGUGGCAGUAGCAGCGGCGGCGGCGGUGCAGUCACGUGCCAGCUGGUCCGGCUGUGGGUGUCGGGCUUCGGCCCGGUGGUGGCGGCGCCGCUGGCGACCAGCGCACAGGAGCUGUUGGCCCUGGGCUGGGGCGGCAGUAGCGGCAAUAGCAGUAGCAGUCCGGCAGCCGGGCGGCGGGCCCUCCGGCAGCAACAGCAGUCGCAGUCUUCAGCUGCUGUGACAGGCGGCGGGGUGGAUGCUUGGAGAGACAGGUGCGCAGCGGCGGCGGGCGCUUCCGCCAACUCAACAACCGACACGACAACCGCCACCUCAACCGCCUUCGUCUCCUACGAGCUGUACAACUGCUCCCUGCUGGUGCCGCAAGGUGUGCUGGAUCUGUUUGGGGCGUCCAGCAGCGGGGCGCUCAACAGCAGCACGGCAGCCGGGGCUCUGUGUGCCGGCGUGCUGGCCAGCAACGGCACCACUAGCAGCAGCACGUCGGUGGCGGGCGGCGGCAACGCUACUGCCACUGCUGCUACUGCUAGAAAUGCCGCGGCCGCCCUUGCUGCCACCUGCGGCCUCGGCAGGUACCUCCAGGCUGCGGCGCUCGCAUCGAGCGCUGGCAGUAGCAGCAGUAACAGCAACAGCAGUGGCAGUAGCAGUGGCAGUAGCAUCAGCAACACCGCCGGCAGCCUGCUGUCGCCUGCAGUGGCGGCGUCUACUGCUGCCGCCCUGUCAGUGCUGCGGGUCAAGCUGGUGUUGAACGGACAGGCAUCCUUCCAGCUGCAGCCAUCGGCCGCACACCUGUCCUCGGCGGCGGUCGCUUCGGCCAUGCUGCGCGCCAGCGCUGCGGCUGGCGCUUCCGCCGCUGGCGACGGUGCCAGCGUCCGCGUCGUGUCGGCCUCCGUCCUGCUGGGGGACACGAACCUGCUGCCGCCGCCGAUGGCCGCGGAUGGCACCGCGGAGGGCGCGGCGGACGCGGCGGCGUCGUCCGCUGCCACGUGGGACGGCGCCACGACCUGCGGCAUACCCGCCCUGACCGUGGCGGUGUGGCAGGCGCUGGAGGCCGGGGACGACUCGGCAGCUGCGGCAGACACCGAGGGCACCAGCGGCCUGUCCGCGGGUGCGGUGGCAGGGGCGGUGGUGGGCGGCGUGGUGGGCGGGCUGUUGCUGGUGGCGGCAGUGGCGGCGCUGGUGGUAUGGGCGCACCGGCGCCGCCAGCGCCUGUCCUUAGCGGCCGCUGCGGGUUCCUGUGGCGCAGAGAAGUCGGGCGGCGCCCAGGAUGGUCGGCAGGGGAAGGGUGAAGGCCCCGACACAGCGCGGCGAGAUGGGGGUGGCGGCGGCGGUGACGUGGACACGCUUGCCCUGGGUGCGUCGUCGGCAGCAGCCGGGGCAGAGGCGGCGGUGGCCGUUGAGGCGACGGCGGCGGCGGCGGCACCCAAAGGGCCGGCCGGUGGGGCGGGCGCCGCUGCGCAGCCGCCUGCAGCCGCUGGUGGUGCUGGUGUUGCUGGUGCUGGUGCUGGUGCCAUGAUGGACACGGCUAUGGUGCAGCCGCCGCCGCAGGAGCCGCCGGCAUCGUUGCCCCCAGACAGCUUUGCCAUGUCUUCCAGCGCCCAGCGCUCCUGGUACAUGGGCGAGGGCCUGGGCAUACAAGCGGCGGUAGCGGUUGCCGCCGCUGGGAAGGCCACUGGAGGUCCUCCGCCGCCGCAGGCGCCGGGAAGCGGCGCCGCCGCGGCGGCUUCCGGCGGUGCGCCUGGGGCUGGCGGCGCGGCGGCGUCGCCGGCGGCAGGGGGGUCGUCUGGGACGCCCGCGGCUUCUGGCCGUGGCGGCGGUGCCACGCCCCGGCUGCUGAUGGCGCAACAGAUUGAAUCCAUGAUACAGCAGGCAGCAAGCAAGGUGAACAGGGCUGGCGACGCCGCGGGUCGCACCUGCAGCAGCAGCAGCGUGGCCUACAUCGCGGGCGCCGUGGCCGUGGACGUGGAGGCGGAGGCCCGCCGCCGCGUGCUGGGGCGCGGCGCGCACGGCGUGGUGUACGUCAGCAACUGGCGCGGCCGCCCCUGCGCCGUCAAGCUCAUGAACUUCGCAGCCGAUGCGGCGGCCCUGCCGUACGGUGCGACGCACGAGGGCGACGGCGCCGCGGCGGCGGCGGCGGCGGCGGCAGCAGAGAUGGCGCGGCGGCGGGAGCGCAUGGCUCGGGAGGUGGCGCUGACCAUCACUCUGCGCCAUGACAACGUGGUGCCCUCCUACAACUACUACCUGGACUUUGUGCCGGCGGAGGUGGCGGCCUCGCCCAGUGGCGGGCUGCACGAGCUGCUACGCCUCACCGCGGGCGACGGCGACGAGGACCGGGUGCCGGUGGGCACGGGCGGCGUGGGCCCCGACGGCGGCAUGUCGCCGGACUCGGCCCUGAGGCUGCGCAUCGUCAUGCAGUUGUGCGAGGGGGGGACCCUGGGCGCCGCCCUCGCCCGCGGGCACUUCCGUGGCACCGCAGCCGUCAGCGGCGGCGCGCCCGGCCCUACUCCGCCAGCCGGCGCCAGCACCAGCACCGGCACAAACAGCAGCGGCGCAAACACCCGCAGCGCCGGCAGCGGCGCGGCGCCUCAGCACGCCGCCGGCAGUGACGGUCUGAUCGCGCCCGAGGCCGCUCCUCGCAGCUGGGCCGACAUCCGCCCCGCCGGAAACCUGCCUCUGGCGGCGCUGGCGGCUCUGGACGUGGCCCGGGGCCUGGCGCUGCUGCACUCCCACGGCGUGGUGCACUCCGACCUCAACGACAACAAUAUCCUGCUCAAGCGAGCGGCACCCCGGCUGCGGGCGCCCGGAGCCGCCGCUGCGAGUACAGCCUCAGCAAGUGGCAGCGUCAGCACGUGCAGCCGUAGCGGCGGCGCCGCCGGCAGCGCCGGGCGGUCGGGUGCGUCGGUGGGCAUUGCUGCCGAUGCUGCCACCGAUUCCGCCGCUGCUGCAACCGCCCUUGCGCCGUCUGUGCACACGCCGCCCGAGGCAGCACCGGCCAGGGUGCGCGGGCCCGCGGCCGCCGCCCGGUCGCCAUCCGAGAACAACAGUCCUGGAGGCCCUCUCCCGGCGGCGCCCGCAGCCGUAAAUGACGCAACCGCUGGCGCAACAGCGGUGGAUGGUCACCAGGCCACGGACGCCGCAGCAGGCAACGCUGCCGCUGCCACAAACAGCACGCGCAGCGCCGCCACCGCCACCACCGCCGCCACAGCCACCGGCGUGGGCGCCGCCGCCGUGUCAACCACCACCACUGGCCUCCUGGCAACUGGGAGUGCCUGCUACGAGCUAGACACGUUGAGGGCGGGAGACACGUCGUCGCUUGCACCCACCUCCUCGCUUGCGCCCAGAUCCUCGCUUCCAGCCGCAGCCAGCGGCGGGAACCCGCGACCUAGCACAAGCCCUCGUGUUGCAGAGCAGGUGACGGAGACUUCGGGCAGGAUGGCGAGUGUAGAAGAGGUGGCGGUGGAGGCGCGCGCAAGCACAGUUGCAACCGCGAAGUGCGAGGCGAGCGCAGUGCAACAGCAGGCAGCCGCGGCCGAUGCGGCGGGGCCGCAGCCCGCUUCCGAGGUGUCAGCGGAGGCGCCCGGAGUGAUGACUGCCACAGCGGAGGUGGCGGCGGUGGAUGCGGCCGCUGCACCUGGGUCCGCAGCCGCUGCGCCUGCACCUGCGUCCGCAGCCGCUGCACCUGCGUCCCCGGCCGCUGCACCUGCACACACGUCCGCGGCCGCUGAAGCGGCGGCGGCGGUGCCUGAGGCAGCCGCUGGUGUGACGUGUGGAGAUGUCGGCGGCGGCGGCGGCAGCGCCGGGCUGGACGAGGAAGCGGCGCGGCGGCUGCUGGGGUACACGUUCAAGAUCAGUGACUUUGGGCUGUCGGUGGAGCUGCACGGGCCUAACCAGACACACGUCCGCAACCUGGCACAGGGCACGCCGUUCUUUGCGGCGCCCGAGGUGGUGUCGGAGGGCCGCAUGUCGGCAGCGGCAGACGUGUACAGCUUUGGAGUGGUGCUGUGGCUGCUGCUGCACGGAGUCGCCAUGGGGCAGGUGCGGCACCUGCUGCCGCGCUCCGCCACCAUCCCCAUCGGCCCGCUGCUGACGCACAACGCCAGCCGCGCGCUUCCCGCCGCCGCCGCCGAGCUGCUGCGGCGCUGCCUGGCGGUGGCGGCGGCGCGGCGGCCGGCGGCGGCGGAGCUGCCGGGCCUGCUGGAGGCGCUGCUGCAGGAAGUGGCUGGGCCUGCGUUGGCGCAGGUGCUUUUGUGUGCGGACCGAAGGGAUGCGUGAAGCCCAUCACUAUUAUUUAUCUAGCACGAAUAGCCGUGUGCCGCUCGUACCUAUCCCGCACUAGGCAGGAUGCAAUUUUGUCAUGUGCUGAUUGCCCUACGAUGACGCAAGGCCCUCCUGCGCCAGGCAGUUCGAUGGAUGUGAGCGACCUCGCAGAAGUAAUAAAUUGUGAGUUUGAGUAACACAACACGAAUGCACUUGUAGAUCAGGGUAAAGGCCGUCAAUUGACGGGGAUUCCGAACAGAUGCAGGCCUGCCCCGCCACUGGCGCUGGGAUUCGAAGGUGGGGCGGCUGCAUCGCCCCAGCAAUCAAGACACAUUGUUGAUUCGUGUGGGAACGUGGAGAGUGCGAUUGGGCCUCGGAUGCGCCCGAUUGGCUGGACAGUGAUUGUCCGCUGGUGAGGGUGGGCUGUAAACAGUCUUCGCA